AGUCAAGGCUAGUCAAAGUGGAUUCCAGCUCUUACUCCUACUUAUCAGGAUUCUUUUUCCCAAGAAAAUAAAGAGAGAGAGAGAAGCAACCAGACAAAGGGAAAAUGUCUAGCUCAACGUCCCUCGUCUUCUCCAUUGUUCUCAUCUCCGCCGUUGCAACCCUCACUCCUGUUUUUGCUACCGAUCACAUUGUUGGAGCCAAUAAGGGUUGGAAUCCCAGUAUCAACUACACCCUCUGGGCCAACAAUCACACUUUCUAUGUUGGUGACCUUAUCUCAUUUAGGUACCAAAAGAAUCAGUACAAUGUGUUUGAGGUGAACCAAACUGGGUAUGACAACUGCACAACUGAGGGUGCUGUGGGGAAUUGGAGCAGUGGCAAAGAUUUCAUACCUCUCAACAAGGCCAAGAGGUACUACUUCAUCUGUGGAAAUGGCCAGUGCUUCAAUGGGAUGAAGGUCACUGUCCAAGUCCAUCCUCUGCCAUCACCUCCCGCGGCCGCCACAGCCCAUGAGCUUUCCUCGCAAAAUUCCACCGCUGCAGCAGUUCCACGACCUGGAUUUCAGGCCUUGGCGGUGUCUUUGGCAUUGAUCUUGUUUGGAUCGACGGGAAUUUAACGUUGAUGAUCAUGUGUUGAAGCUGCAGUAGAUCAGGAAAGUGUAUAAUUUAUUCUCUCAAUUAUUAAUGCAUUUUAUUCAGUUUGUUCUUUUGGAGUCUUUCAUUGAUAUGUACUGAGCUCUUUGAGGCUGUGAUCCUUUUUAAGUGAACCUUUUUUUCUCUGGGAAGAUUUCCCAUUA